AUGCCGCCCAAGAAGAGGCAAAAGGUAUCGAAAGCCUCUUCUUCUGCUGCGUCGCCUUCCAAACCAGCUGCCUCUUCCUCCCGCUCGACGCGCAGUCGAACUCGUUCCGCGUCCAUCGCCUCCUCCGCACCACCUUCCAAGAAGAACACCAGAAAGUACGAAUCCGCAAAAGCGGUCAAGGCGGAACCUACCGACGAUGGUCUUGGAGAUGAAGAGGAGCGGCUGUCACCUGUUUGGGAUGGAGAGCAGCAGCCGCAGGUGGAGUGCUGGGUUGAGAUCCCACAACUGCCACGCCCGGGCUCGACAGAGGAUGGCUUGGGCUUCGUCAGACCCAGGGAUAAGACGAUAUUGAGAGAGAAAGGCAAGCAGAAAGAGAACACGGAUUCGCUGGUGUGGCUUGUAGACCAGCAACCUGCGGGUGCGGAUCCGUUUUAUUUUGCUGAGCAGGACCUUAGGGAGGAUGGGCAGGCUUCGCAUCUUGUUGCGGUGCGACCGAGGGCUGGAAAUGCAAAGGCUAGCUCGGCACAGCCUGCAAAGUCAAAGAAGCGCAAGUCACGCACAGGAUCUUCUGUUUCAGUAGCUCAGCCAGCAGAGGCGAGUAGCAGCAGCAGCAAGAAAAACAGCGAGAACAACAGCAUAGCACCAAGCGCCACGCGAGCGGCGUCACUUCUGGAAGCAUCUCCGCAUACAAAUUUGCUGUCGUCUCAUGAAGAUGGCCUGGAUGAUAUGUUUCUGGGCUCCAGUGAUGUUGCGCUUCGCAACGCUGUGGAGCGAGAGGAUGCUGCGCCGCUGUUUUUUGAGGUCGUAUCCGAUCAAGAGGAUAUGCUGCGCAACGAAGCACCCGCUCGCUCGCAGCCUUCGCAACAACCGAGGAUUAAGACUUCGCCGAUCUAUGGGAAUAGGAUUGCACAAGGAUCGUCCAGUCAUCGCUCGAGGUCGUCUUCUCCCCUCCCUGCCAUGACGGUUCCAUCGAGCCGCAACGACAAACCAACUUCAACGAAAGAGCAACCAAGGAAGGACAAAGAUAGGGAUGAGGACAACGGGAAGGAAAAGGUACGGGCAAAGGAAAACGAACGCGAGUCGGCAGCUCAAGGUCAGAGUAAGAACAAGAAGCAUGCUCGGAGCGCAGACAGUGAUACGGAUCCCAAGAGCAAACCCAAGAGCGACGAUGUCAACAAUCUUCGUUCAGAGCUUAACGAGAAUGCAUUUGCACGUUCGACGGGAGCAAGGCACAAAGAGGAAUAUCGUAACAAGCUGGCUGCGUUUGCGCAGGCUCGCAAGAAGGCGCGACAGGAAAGAGGGGAGAGCGUCAACUCAGGUUCCGAUGAUGAGGAAGUUUCCAUGCAGCGCAGACGACUAGGCAACGGCCGACGAGCUACCACGGUCUCAAGCGACAGUGGAACGAGCAGCUCUGACAGCUCUGACGACAGCAGCAGCAGCGACGAGAGCGAAGAUUUCAUCGUCGCCGAUGACCAAGUCGAGUACGACGAAGGCUUUCAGCCCGAAGAAGACGAGCUGCCGGCAUUUCCAACCAAGAAGAAACCAUCACAGCCGCAAACUGCAUCGCAUUUGGGACUGCGCAGCUUUGAACGUGAUUCGGACGGUCGGAUCCGCCUCAUUCCCAUCUCGGCGGACGCUGCUGCAGCUGGCACAUCCUCCACCUCUUCCAUUCUCGCUGCACACGGUCUAGGGGGAGCGGGAGCACGCAAAGGCCUUGACGAGCUGUGUCUCGACUGGAUCGAGUGGGCAGCUGCACGAGUGCUGGUCACAUGGUCUGCGCUGAGUCUAGCAGAUCGCGAGCGCCUAGAUCGCAACCGUGCAGCGCUUAAGUCGCGCAUACGUUCGAUCGAGGAGAGCGUGGGUACGGUGACGAUGCGUCGGCAGUUCAAGUGGUACCUGACGCGGUAUCCCAAGAUCGACGUCGAGGCGCUCUUCAGCGAUGAAGUGGAUCAGUACGGUACGCUGGCGAAGAAUGGAUGUGGGGCCUGUCAUCGCAAGUCGCAACGGGCGCAGUUCAAGGUGACGUUAUCGGGCGAGCGGUAUAACCAGGAGACGCUGGCGCCACUCAAGAAGCGUGGGGACAGAUCCGACGAGCAAUCGGAUUCGAAUUCCGAGAGCAGCGAUUCGAGCGGCGAUAGCGACACGGAGAGCGACCGAAGCAGCGACAACGAGACGUGGCGCGAGGAGGGCGAGGACCACCGCGAUCGUCCCACAUACACGUUCUUCGCGGGCAACCACUGCGCACAGCGCGCGGCGGUGCUGCACAAGCUGCACCACUGGGAGUGGACCACCAUGCAGACACUGGCGCGGCACGAUUCGAUCCGCUACGUACGCAGGCUGCUGUGGAGAAAGCAUCGGAUGGGUAGGGGAAAGGACGGGAGGCUGGGCGCGGGUGCGUGGGAGGUGUGGCUGGCCGUUAACGAGAUGAUCAGCCCCACGGGGCGGUGUACGUGGGAGGGGAAGGAGAGAGAAAAGGGCGAGAAGGGCAAGGGCAAAGGGUCGGAGCUGGAGAGGUUGAGGAGGCGGUUGAAGAGCCUGAGCGAGCAGGCGAUCGAGAUCAAUCGUGCAAGGUGA